GUUAAAAAAGUUAAUCAAUCUAAUCAACAAAUGAAAAGACUUCAUGUUGCAAUGCCAAUUGUUUCUGGUGACUAUGAUAAAUAUAAAAAAGGUUAUCAAUUAAAUGCAACUAUUUCUCAAUUGAUUGAAAAAAUCAAUCAUGAAAAUCAUGUUAAAAAUAGUGAAGAUAAAUUAUUACUUAAUGGUGAUUUAGAUCAGUAG